AUGAAGUUCUCAUCCUUCCUCCUCAUCGCCAUUCUUCUGCACGCUGUCACUCUCGUGGCUAGCGCUGAAGAAAAUGAUGAGGUUAACUUAGUCAAGCGAGCGAGAACCAAGAAGAGACACACGAACCAGCUUAAAGACCACUGGUUUGCCGAUGGGGGUGUUGUUAUUCCGCAUCCGAACGCCGACGAGGGCAAUGGCGAUGAUUCGCAUCUCCAGACAUCGCCCAUAACAGCGCAGGCCGGAUCAUCUCACGACCUUCAGGAGGAAAUGACAGCGUUCUCCGGUAUCCCAGAGUCUUUUUAUCAUCUGUCGGACAGCAGUGUAGAAAGGCAGCCCUCGACGGAGGACUCGUCCCGUUCUUCGCAGGAUUGGGAGCCGGAAGACCCUUUCUUGGGCCAUUCUUCGUCAGCAGAGUCUGAAGGCUGGAAUACUCAAGGCACCUCCUCAGCAUCUUACUCUUCCGAGGGAUGGGAUCCACGCCGAGCUCGCCAGCCCGCUUCGUCGACCGCACGGACUCGUGCCUCCCUCUCAAAGGCAUCGACGACCCCUGAACCUUUCCAAUAUAAGGAGGGCUCGUCCUCCAAGGCUGUAACAAAUAGCGCUCGCCGACAGGGAGCCAGUGAUUCAUCAGCGCUCGUUCACACCUCGGGCGCUAAAGAGCAGACCAACGCUAUCGGUCGAUUUACAUCGUCAGAGGAACAGUGGCCACCUGAUGGACCCAGAAAGACAGAGCGGGUGGAGAGGAUGCCGAGGACGGAAAAUCCGAAAGCCCGUGAAGAGAGCGAGAGAGCCCUGGAAGUCUAUAGAGAAAGUGUCGCAGCCGGUACACCCGAAGAAGAGGCGCAAACAACAUUUGCCGACAAAAUCUUCUCGAUCUGCAAAGAGCUCAGGAAAGAAAUUCCGCACAAAUCUUACCAACCUUGCUUUCAGCUUCUGAGAGUUGAACGAAAGAUACUGAGCGAAAGUCAUCGCGAGGCUUUCAAGAAAAAGGCAAAUAAUGAGCGAAAGAUAAAUUUUCGAGAGAACAAAAAGGCAGAACACGGUGAAAAACAUGGUCUCACUCUUAAGGAAAACAACAAGGGAAAUUCGCAAGGGUCCCAGUUCCUUGGACGCAAAAAGAAAGUCGCGAGCUGGAAAAGUUCCUCGCCCAAUAUCCAGGAAGAUUCUUCGCCCUUCGAACCGGUCGAGAGGACUCAUGAGGAACUUGACGAUCAUGGCCACGAGCAGAUGGACCGCUCAGGAAAGUCAGGGCAGAAGCGCCCUCGGACAGAAUUUGGUCACGGGGGUGAAGCUUCGCCGGAAGAGUCGAUAAGUCCCACUGUCGAGUCUUCUGACGUGCGUUCAGCUUUCGAAUUGAGCAACUCUGAUGAGCGCGGGCCGACAAAGAAAGAGCGCGGGCCGACAAAGAAAGAGCGCAGGCCGACAAAGAAAGAGCGCAGGCCGACAAAGGAAGAGCGCAAGCCGAACAAGAGAUUCUCUGUCGAGCUUGACGCGAUUGUCAGAUCUGUCGUCGACAACUUCUUUAGGAGAACGCCUCAACGAAAGGUGCACGAUCAAGUUCAAAAAAGACGCCUGGCAACGGCGAUCUUCGAUGCGCUCAAAAAUUUCAGGCAGCAAAUUCUCGAUAGCGAUGCGUCUCAGGUUGGCCAAAGAUUCUUCGUCCUAGGAGAUCUGGACAAAAGAUUGAUUGACAAGAAGGUCUUCUCGAACCUCGAACGCACGAGCAAUGGAGGCAACGGACUAUCGACAGAGCUAUUAGAAAUCUGA